UUUAACAUUUUAUUUGACAGCUGACGCGCGUACGGUAGUAAGAUUUGUGAAUGAGCUGUUAUUUAUACUAAGAAUUCAAAUAAAAAUGAAAAGUUUUAAUAGUUAACUAUUUUAAUUUUGUAUUCCUUAUAAAAUAAUCACAAUACAAUAUGAACAGCAAUAGUGUGUUUUUAAUUACUAUAUUGAUAUUCUUUGUGGCGCAGGAAGUUCAAAGUUUACACAAGCGAUGUAUAAGAUGUAGAUCUAGGGGAGAGCUUGGUACCUGCGGUGAUCCAUUUCCAAUAAAUGUGACUGAGAGUAUUGUUGAAUCUGGGCUCCAUGUGGUGGCCUGUCCCUCAGGAUGGUGUGGCAAGCUUAUAGAGGGCACUGUGGGCACUUUCAGAUCUGAUGAUUAUGGAGCUGCCACUGAGCGGAUGUGCCUCCAACGAGCCCCAAGUGAUUAUGAAGAAAGGUGUGCAUACACUAUGUGGAACCGUAAAAAGGUUUACAUGUGUUUCUGCAAUGGAGACCUUUGCAACUCAGCCGUUGGGCUGUAUACACACCCUAUUAUAUUCAUAUCAGCUAUUUUUGUAACUUUGUACAACUACUAUUUUUAAAGUAUAAGUAUCUUAAAGAAUUUGUAAUAUUGUGAUAUGUAAGCUAAGGAGAUUGAUGCUCUUAUUUCUAUUUAUAUUGUUGUAAUGUGAAGACAAUAUUUGUGUAAGUACCAAUUUCGAUUUAAUCUCGUUCUACAUUUCAUUUAGUUUAUUCUGUCUUAUAGUAAUGUCAAACAAAAGGUGUAUCAACUCAUCUCUAUGAUAUAAGAGAUAGUAACGACAUCAUUUACAUUUAUGAAAAUUAAUCUUUGUAUCUCAUCAUCUAAUAUAAUGUGGUGUGUAGACAUCUUUCAAAGUCAAUACUUUUAGGCUCAAUAGGAGUAUUCUGCUCCAUCGAUGACAUUAAAACCUAUAUGUUGUUACCAAUGUAAAUCAAACCAAAUUUAUUAAUAAUUGUAAUUACGAACAAAAAUCAAAUACUCCUAAAACUUUUUAGUGUAUGUAACAAAGACACAGAACAUAAGAGUUGCAAUUUUCAUAAUAUUGUAUAUGGUUUUAAAGUACAUUUCAUAUCUUAUUAUAAUGCUAAAGGUGACAACAGGGUUCAUUGUGUUACUUAUUGCAAAAUGUAUAACAAUUCUUAUGACAAUGCUCUAAUGUUGUAUCUACAUAGUUUAAUUAUAUUUUAUGACGUUGUAUUAGAAUUUAAUGGUUCCACAACCACAAAGUGUGUUGAUAAAAUUACGAAUUUUGAAGAUAGCUGAUAAGUUCUAAAAUUGUACUAUUACAUCAAUUAUUGUCAAUUAAGAAACAGAAAACAUUACUAUCAACCAACAGGGCUUUCACAGUCUUUCUGUAAAUUCCAGAAUUUUUUUCACAAAUGCAAGUUCUCUUUGAGUAUUUAAAAAAUAAUCGUGAUACUCAUAGUUUUAUAAAGAAUGUUCUGAAAAUAAUGUGUUCAUAUUGUAAUCUAAUCACUGCCUUUUUGUUUAAUUGUAAUAAGAAUUAUUUUUACCUUUGUUAGCCAACUUAAAAAAGGAUGUUCUAUCUUAUUAUUUUGUACAGAAAAUAUGUAUUUACAGUUAUUAAUUAGAUGUAUACAAGGUAUAGAAAUUGAUAAAAUAACGAUUAAGUACUUAAUGACGUCAUUCCGUCCAUUUAAAGACAUUCCUAUGUAUUCCGUACUUAUUGCUCAUUAAAUUGCCUAAUUAAUGAAAACACAUCUAUUAGUAGGAUAUAAUAAUGUGUACUAUGCCUAUUAUAAAAAUAUAUAAACAAAGAUCUGAAUCGAGAUGUUGAAAAAAAUCUUAUUAGAAUCUUUUGAAGUCCUCUAACUAUGGCUGAGUUGAAGCCGACUUUCAUUUCAUUUAAAGGCUGCUAUAUGUAUGUAUAUUUUAUAAGCAUUUUUUCGUAGAUAGCUUUGAAUGGAGUUAAAUAAUUCAAUAAACAUCAAUCAUUUGCUUCUCUAUGGGAAUUUUCCCAACUAGUUGCAAAGUUACGUAGGAAGAGAAUCUCUUAAAUAUAAAUAAAACUACAUAGAUUUAGUUGUGUAUAAUAUUAAUGACUUUUAUUGAGUAUUUUUACAUUUGUAUACAAAUAUAUAAUUGCAUUAUUUA